AUGCCUGAUCCUUCAGCAUACGCCGCCGGCUGGAUAUGUACCAGUGGCACAGAAUACAUCGCGGCCCAGUGCUUUCUCGACGAGGCACAUCCGUCGCCCAUCAGUAUCUUACCCCGAGAUAACAGCGGUACGUACGGCAACGAGUCUACGGUAGCAGUUGCUCGAGAUCUGCAACAGAAAUUUCCGAACAUCAGAGCCUGCUUGAUGGUGAGAAUCGGGGGCGGUGCGCCACGUGCUAAGCACGAUAUUCGACUUGGAGAUGUCGUGGUCAGUACUCCUCGCGGCAAUCAUGGAGGCCUCCUUCAUUGCUACUUUGAUCGGAUGAUGGACGAUGGAGCUUUCAAGGUGACAGGGUUCCUUGCUCCGCCCGCCAGUGAACUCAUGCUUGCUCUCAUUAGCACCAGAGCUCAGCUCAUAACGAUGGGUAACGGGAUAGAACAAUCUGUGGUCACUGUUUUAACCAGACUCCCAAGGCGGAGAGGCAAAUGGCGCCGCCCAAGUCCCAAAACAGACAUACUGUACCGCAGCCACAUCGUCUUCGAUCCGACAAAACCUCCCACAGAUGUAGGGCCGGAUGCAGUCAUUUCGCGGCCGGAGCGAUCUAACCCAGGAGUUCACUACGGAUUGAUUGCAUCUGCAGAUAGAGUCAUGAGAGCUGCGACGAUACGAGACAAGCUAGCGGCGGAUCGAGAUGUGCUUUGUUUCGAGACGGAGGCUACUGGGGUGAUGGGCCAUUUCCCAUGCUUGGUGGUCAUGGGCAUCUGCUAUUAUUCCGAUUCCCAUAAAAACAAAGAUUGGCAAGAGUAUGCUGCUCUGAAUGCAGCCGCGUGCGCGAAGGCGAUCACAUAUCAAAUUCCAGAGAGAAAUCUCGGGCAAGGAAAGAGGUUGGAGGAGCUUGCUGCGAUGGCCAAGCAAACCAAAUCACCACUUGCAGCUACUCGAUCGUUGUCAACAUUCUCGGCCACAACCAUCGAUAAACAGGCGUCUUCUGACAGACAUUAUUUCGACAAGGAAAUCAUCAAAAGGCUACAUGUCGUGAUCGGUGCCGAGUACAAUGCUCGCAACAGUCAUCCCGAUCAAAUCUGCCACCCGAGAGCCAGACUCGAUCUGCUGCAAGAAGUUCAGGCCUGGGCAGAGAACCCUACAAGUCCACCCGUCUUCUGGCUCUACGGAAUGGCGGGACACGGAAAGUCAACCAUCGCACGAACAGUUGCUAAGAGGUUUGACGAGAAGAAAAUACUAGGAGCCACAUUCUUCUUUAAGCGAGGACAUAUUGGUCGCUGCGGGACGUCGAAUCUCUUUAGUACAAUCGCAUCACAGCUUGCUAGGCGUCGACGCGAGCUACUCCCAUAUAUCCGGCGUGCGAUCGAAAGGACAAACGACAUAUCCUCCGAAACUAUUGAAGAACAGUUCAGCAAGCUUAUUGUCAGUCCUCUUAUGGAGUAUCUCGCCCAUUCCAGCAAGACUCCAGCUGCUCCUGGUAUUGGACGCUCUGGAUGA